UGCCUUUUGCAGAGCAGUUAGAGCCCCAGAGGAGCUCGGGAGUGCAGCAGGACCCGCAUCACAUCGCAGCGCAGCCUGUUUUACUCUGAUACCUGCAGCCUGUGAUGUAUUUAUUUAUACACAUUAUUUUGUCUUCCCCUGACAGUGAGAGGGCGUAUCCGCUUUGAGAAGGAGGCUGAGCGAGUACAGCGUGAGUGCAAGGAGUGGGAGGGCUGGUUGGAAACACGGGAUGAAAACAGUGGAGAGCCACGCCGCCCACUAAACAAGCCGAAGCGCGUACCAACAAUUUCGCAACCACCUCUUCUGCUGCUGCUGCUGCUGGUGCCCUGCUUAAAUCUACAGAGGAGCGGUGGAGAGCAGACAUCCGCCGUCAUACAUCAGGCAGACAGAGGAACUAACAAAAGGAGUGCUGUGUACCUGUGGCCACGGAUUCCUGAAAAGGAUCCAAUUUGAUUCAAUCACACUCUGUCCUGGUGUUCCUGUUGUUUGGUGGGUGUCUCUGCCAAUGAUGGAUUCAGUUAUUUCCAUUCGCGGGAUGCAUUGUAAACUGUGACGAAUGGUGCAGGCUAAUGCAUCAUGUGUUGUCAAGGAGAAUCAUUUACCUUGCCUUCACAAUCCAUUAAGCCGAUGAGAAGAAGAAAAGUUGGAUGUGCAGCUGUGGUUUCUCUCUGACACUGACAGAAGAUGGACUGAAUGGGAUCUGUGGAUUCUGUGCGUGCCAUUGUGAACAUUAAGUUCAGUGUAUGAAAUGCAGUUUGAUGGCUGACGGUUCUUUACAUUUAGUCUUUGUUGAAAAUUGGCUCCAAAACAAAUGUUGUGCUGACGCUACUUCAACAUCUGAUCAGCUCGAACGUUGUGUAGACUUCCGUCUUGGACUCUAGCAAGGAAAAAUAUGCGAACAAAGUAUCUGAUAUCUAAAUCUCGCUUGUUGAGAUUUGAGCCUGUAAAAACCUGAGCUGGAGACCAUAACUUAUGCUGUUGUUCCUGUUGGUAAGGUGAAGAGUGUGACAGGUACAGUACUGUGCAAAAAUCUUAACCUGGACUUUGUCUGCUUUUUCACGUAUUGUAAGUCCGGGCCUUGUACUUGACCUUUUUCUGAUGAUGUUUCUUUUUAAACCAACAUUGAAUUCUUUGAACAAAGGGUUUACUAGAUAUCAUACUGCUGUAUUACCCAUCCAUCUAGAAGCUUUAAAAGAAAAAUCAAUACAUUUUUUCUACAACAGAAAGGCAAUGAACAUUGUGCUUAUUCUUUUGUAAUGGAAAUGAAAGUGAAAGAAGAGCCCAUUCUCACUCCUGGGGUGUAGCAUAGCGACGUUUUGUCACGUCCCGUGGCGUUCCAGCCGUAACCUUAUCCCUAACCAUAUCCAUAACCUUAUUCCUAACAUUAAUGAGACGUUAAAUGAUGUAAAAUAGUGUUUUCCAAAGCGAUUUGAAGAAAAUGAACGAACAUGUGUAGAUUGAGUCCAAACGGUUCUCAUGUGUUCUCCUUUUUCCGAUGUCUUCAUUUAGGAACGUGUUGGGUACCCGAAAACGAAAUAUGUUGACGAUUUGUCACCUAGCGUAAAAUGUUACGCUUUGGGAGUGAGAACGUGUUGGAAAGAAAGAUGAUGAGAGGUAAAGCAUUCGAAUGCAGUUUACUGUCACUAAGAAUGAAUUGUGGAGUUGUUGACUCAAGUGUUAAAUGGAUAACAAUAUAUCCAUUAAGACAAGUGCAGGGUGCCCAUAAUUAAACAAGUCAUCAUCAGCUUUCUCUAUUGUGUUAGCCAAGGAGAGCCACUUUGUUUAGAUAAUUAUUAGCGAAGAGAUAAUUUGGCACUUGUGUUCGUGUAAUGGUGGUCCGUUGACCCACACGGCUUGAUCAGGCAAGCGCUGGACGACUAAACUGUCGACUGAGUUAACGAUUGGGCUGACUUUUUCUACGGAGCUGCCAUAUUGUGACCACAGAAAGUGAUUUUUAUAGUGCUUGUUCACUAUUUGAAUACCCCCCUUGUAGUUCCUGUGGCAGGUCCACCUACUCAGCCAUGCUUUUUUUAAUAAGUUGGUCUCCCACAGUGAUUUAGCCACAGUGUCAGGCAGUAACUGAGUAAAAUAUUCAUAUCUGCUGCCCUUUCUUUGUGUACCCAGGUAGCGAGCUAGUGAGCAUUUGAGAUGCUUAUUUGAGGAAUUAUGCAGCGAAUGCUUCAUUUAUAUAUAAUGUGGGUGGCGUUGCAUGUCACAAACUUUGGUAGGGGUUGCUAAUCAGCUGAGAAACAGUCAAGCUGGGCUUCUUCUCACUGAUUUGACAAAGGGCUCAGGCCCAAAUGACCUAUUACCUACUGAUUAUUUGGUUAUAAUGCAAUCAACUGCUGGCAUUCAUGUUGCAGAUUAGCAGAGACAUCGCACCCAUGCCUUAACAGGCCUGAGCUGUAGUAAAACCCAAACCAUGUCAAAAUCUUUAGGUUUAAAUGCUUUAGGUGAUUAUUGUAAAUGCAUUUUAAUUAGACACUAUUAGGGAUCUGCCAAAAAGGAUUCUUUGCAUAAUAACCAGACAUCCAAGGGCUGAUUCAAAAUAUGGUCUGUAAUUCUGAACACGAGCUUCAGUUAUUUUUAGGUCAAUAGUGUCACUUUAAUGAAAACCAUAUAAAAGUAACUUCAUAUUCCAAAAAGACGUCUAUAGUAAUAUGACUCCUCGGUCUUGUAGUCUGAUCAACUCAGCAAAUAUUUACUAGUUUUCCUCAGUUUCUUGGUCAAAUGAUAGCGAUGGAGGCAGUUUCAGGCUUCACAGCGAAACUUUGCCUGCUAACGGUGACAUCACCAUGUGUGAUGUCACUACAUCCAUCUUUUAUGUACAGCUGGGGCCUCAAACUCUAGUCCUUCCCCUUAAAUUUACUUGAGUACAGUUAGGGGUUGCCACGUAAGCAUCCAGUCAGGUUCUAUAGUCUUACUAAUGACCUAUUAAUUUUAUUCAGGUGUGUUGCAACAAGGACACAUGGAAAUGUUUAGGACACAGCCCUCGAGGACUGGAGUUUGAGACCUCUGGUGUACAGUAUGUGGUCUCACACAAGAUUUAAAGCCAGCACACAUAAUAUUAUACCACACAGUAUUUUUCUGCACUUCUUUUUAUAUUAUUGAGGUACAUACCAGCCCAUGAGUUUUGUGUACCGCUGUUGAAUUUUAUUCAAACUAGAUGUCAUGCAUUUCAAAGUAACAGCAGCAAAAAAUGCAGAACUUCUUCUUUUUUUUGGUAGUUGUUUUCUCCUUUUUGCCCUUUUGCAUUUAAAUGCAAAGUAUCCACAUGUUCUUUGCAGAGCAGUCAUUGUAGUGCUAAAAUAAGAGCGAAGGGCUAAAAGCAAGAUACCAUCGCAAGGGUUGAACUGAUGUCAAUAAGGUGUUAAUAAAUGCGUAAUUAAGUUUUUAAGUGUGCAAAGCAAUUGUUAAUGGACUGAAUUGAGGAGCUUUAAUAAAACAAGGGUGUGUUGUGCGAUUUGUGAAAUGAUCCAGAUAUGAUUGAUGGGCUGGACUGUAAAUGGUCGAUUUACGGUGAAAGACGUAUGUCCUGAAUGCUGGGAUUUGCAUGAUGAGAUGGCGCCGGGGUUGGGAUUUCAAUGUCUGAGGCAGAUGUUGGAGGAUUGAUGGAUGUUUUGUAUUGGAGACGUAUGAGGCUGUGAAGCAUUGUUGAGCUGUGAAAAAUCUGGAGCGCACAACUCUCCACUGUGCAGCGAGUGAUGUAUCGAGAGCUGGCAAGACGCCCCUGGGAGUCGUUCAUUGGGCAGUUCAGGCGACGUGACUCUAUGCCUCACCUUUUUGACCUUUUAAUGAACUGCAACCAAAGGACUCGCGAGUUUAUGCCCUGCUCGGCUCAGGUGUAACCACUGCUUGUCAUGUGACCUGUUUUUCCAUUUUUAUUUAAAGCUUGACAGAUUUCAACCAUCCGUUCUCCGGUUGGGCUGAAGCCUCGGCUCGCUCGUCACGCAGCCGUGUGCUCAGCAUCAGCUAGACACCUGACCCACUUUUCUUUUAUUCCAACAUCUGGGGCCGUCUGCCUCGAUUUGACGCCUCGCGCAUGCCUUCGUUAUUCAUUACGGGGACGUGACACAAUCUGUGACAGCUGCUCUUCAUGAAGGCAUCAUGAGAGAAGAAAUAUAAACAGCAGCAGCAUAUGGUGCCUUAAAUGAUGUUACAGAUGCUCUAAAAAGAUAAAUAAUAAACAAACAGAGGGUUUAUUUUUUCUCUCUAUCUUUAUCUCUUUGCACACACAUCUUAUUUGACUGGGGGACUGAAUUAGAAAGCCAUAACAGAAGCUAAAAAUUAGGCUUCUGCAGUUGUUCUGUGUAUUUUUUUUAUUUUUAUUUUUUUAUUUUUUUCAUGUUCUGUGCCAGGUUCUGGCAAACUGAGGCCCGGGAGGUGAGUUGUUAAUGUUGUUAUUAUCCCGGGAAAUGUGCUUUAUUUUUUUCAGGGUGACCUCUCCUUUUGAACCUUUUGGAGCUUUUUGGGGGACGUUCUGUGGAAAUGGCUGCAUGCUGUUUUGUGUCUGUAGGGUAGAGGAGUCACAACGCACUCCUGCCGUGAUUGAGUUUUUAUUUAUUUUUUUCCUCCUCUUUCUUUUUUGUACGUAGGACAAAACCCCAAAAGGCAUGCAGCUUGAUGGUGCAAAGGGAGGAGGAAGAGAAGAUCAGUGAUAACGGAAAGUUUAGAAGAAGGGCACAUAAAAGGCAUCACUACCUCCCCCCGCCUAAUCGGAAAAUGUUCUGCCUGCCACACGUGUUUACCAGAUGGGGGGGGAAUGGCGACAACAGCCCUUUCAGACGAGCGAGGGAAUGAGACAGAAGAGGAGUCAGAUGAGCUAGUUCCAAAUAGAAACAGCACUGGAUCAAUGAUCUGGCAGUGGUUUGGAUUUCACAAGAAGAAUGUUGAACAAAAUGUAAUAAUUUUCAAGAAAUGCCAUAAAACUAUUUUUGUUAAAGGUAAGAGUACCAUGAAUUUAUUCUACCACCUGAAAAGUCAUCCACUGCAAAAUGAAGAAUGCUUUAAACUCCGCAUAUCAUCAUCUCCCCACACACCAAAGAAAAUGUCAAAUGUUUUUAUUUUGAAUUAUUCUAUUUUGUCUCUUAAAUUCUUACUUGGUGUACUUUUUGUUGCUUUAAACAUUUUUUUGUUAAAUGUCUAGUGUUGACCACACAAAGAGAUGCACUGUGACAAUAUUGUAAUUUGAGAAAACCUCUGUGUGCAGCUGAUGGUUACAAAAUGGUUAAAAUAAAACAUUUAAACUCAUUUUUUUUUUUUUUUUUAAAAUUUUUAUUCAAAGUAGGAAAAAAUAUUGAAUUUUGGAUUUGAAUGAGGAUGCCAGUGCAGUUUUGGGCAUUAUAUGGUUGAGAAUAACAUUUGUUUUUGGAGGUUAUUUGAACAUAUCAUGAUAUAUAUCUUGUAUUGUGGAGGAAAAAAAAUACACUUGCCUAUUUUGCUCUUUAACCAACAGAUUUCUAUAAUCUGCAUACACUUUUCAUACCAUUUAUACACUAACACAACCCCAUUUCCAAGCAGAGAAAGUGGUGACAGUGUUGUAAGAAAGUAGUUUGGACAUCAAAGUUGAUUUAAAAAAAAAAAAAAAAGACUAAUAGACAACAGCAGGUAUUUUACUGCCCAUGAAAAGGGGAGAAAAAAAAUCGACAAGUCAACUAAUCUCCACGAAAUGGCUAAAAUUGAGCUCAGCUACUAGAUGAAAGAUUGACUGUACAAAUAUUGUGUAUUUUUCUGAGCCCUUUGAAACCAUCAGUCACAUUCUUUAAUAAUCAGAUCAAGUUGCUAAAAUGUGUUGCACUUUCUGCCGUAGGUGGCAUUGCAAACACACUGUCCUAGAUCAGUUUGCAGAGUGUGGCUAACGUUCUAUUGCUCCACAUAGACAUUGUUCCAACUGAGUGUUUAAAUAUCAGUAAAAAUCUGAUUCCAUCAUUUUAGUACUGCAGAUCCACGCUGGUUCAUGCUUCUGUUAUGUUUAUUUUCCAACUCGCUGUCAAUUUCCUCUCACAGAAAGAUGGAGGGGAGCUUGUUUCUGUUGGAUAUCCCUCUGUUAGUCGCCAAUGGCAUUAUAAAAACUUAGAAGCAACAGUUUACUGGUGUAAAACAUCCAUUAAAUAUGAAUAUCUAGCUGACUAGUAUUUAGCAAUAUUUAAUCAUCUAGUUGACUAGCGAGCUUUAAAACAAACAGCAGCCAUGUUUACAUGGAAACGAGUAACCAGAUCAAAAGCCUGACCAAAAAAAAAAAAAGCUUAAUGUAAACACACUAGUUGGAAGAUUCUGACCUGAUCACACUUGUUUGGAGUGAAAUUUCUGUCUGAUUAAGGCAGGUGGUUUAUACAAAUCAUUAAUUAGAUUGGGUUGCAUGUAAAGACGCCUUUGUAUGUUUGAUGUGAAAUUAUUGUGGUUUUUCUGGGAAGUUAGACAUUUGUAUUGUACAAUCACACAUGUAAUUUUAUUGUAUUGUAACUAUUUGAUGUGUCUUCUGGGUCUAAAAGGUUAGGGCAAUCCAGAAGAGCCAUAAAUCUGCUUUCUUUCUAAUGACUAGCAGGUACAGCCACUGCAAAAGGUUAUUUUGGUUUACAGAAAUCUUGGGGAAAAAUGGUCCUUGGGCUCCACUGAUCCUUGGCCUCAGUAAACGCCAAAGCAACGUGAUGUUCACAUUUUUAAAGCGCGAUAUGCUUUGCCAUGUUACAGACAAGCUGCCAGCCUACGAGUGUCUAGUGUCCUUGGUUUCUCAGUCAGAUCUAUCAAACAUGUUCAGAUUGAUGCUUUACAGCUGGAUUUGCCAAGUGAUGUGUGAUAUUGGGAUAAAAUAUUUCAUGAUUCAAGAUUUCAUGUUAAAAUUUUUUUCAUUCAUUGUUUCAUUUUUUUUUUUUUUUUUAAAUCCACCAUGUAUGAGUGACUGAGCUUUGCGCCAGAUGAUGCCAGUCAGCCUUCCCUUCCAUCCUUCAUCAUUAGUCCACUGCUCCACAUUUUGAGUCAAGUCUUUCUGUGCUGCAGCUAUUUAACGGUAAUAAAGAUGUACUGUCUUUGGAUUCCCCAGUGCUCACUCUGUUCAGCUCUGCCAGCGAACCUGUCCUCGUAGCCAGAUUUAUAUGCUUGGCAGCCAUUCCUCGGAUCAUUGUUGGACAUAAAACAAGCCAUGGGUGGAGGGUUGGAGGUGGAGAGGAUGUUCAAAUGAAUAACUUUCAUUUCUUUUCUUUCAUUUUCACCCAGAAAGGAGUCAUUCCUGAGAUUAGAUGUCACACAUGUGAUUGGUUUUGGUAUUAAUAGACUAGUCUGUCAUAUAUGCUGAUAUUAUGUACUGCUUUUUAUGCAGUCCACAACAGGAAGGGAACAUUUAUGAGAAUUUCACACAUGCUCUCCAGAAGACUACUAGCAAAGCAGUGAAAACCAGGGAGUCUGCAGCAGCAUUCCUACACCGUCUUUUACUCCAUCUCGCAAAAAUCAUCUACCUGGCCUCUAAUGUGUCUUUACUGCUGCCAGGAAGCACUACAGUGACUUUAAUCCCUCUUUUCCUUUUUUUCCCUCUACCUGUUUUUAAGUCUGAGUCAGCGCUCAAACAGAAUGACAAACUGGGCCCAGCCGCCUUCCCUUCUGCUGCAUUAGACGUCUCAGUGGCUGUGGAUCACGAUGACAAAAUAAACACAGGAGUCCGACGACGCUGCGAUCCUUUUGGCCCUGAUUCAUUUGUGAUUUGGGCACCACGACUGAUCGGAAUAAGUUGGAAUCCGCUUCUGUCUGGAUGAAGGGCCAUGUUGCCCCCAAAGGGCCGUAAUACCACUGUGAAGUUGUGAACGAAACCAGCUCUGCUUCCCCCCCCCCCUGCGUUUCUUCUAGAGCCAAUUAAAUUGUGUUUUCCCUCUUGUGAAAAUACCUUUUUUCCUGGAAAUGGAGACUCUUUCCCAGGAUUCGAUGCUCGAGUGUCAGAUCUGCUUUAACUACUACAGCCCCCGACGGCGACCCAAACUCCUGGAUUGCCGACACACAUGCUGUUCGGUGUGUUUGACCCAAAUGCGUAGCAGCCAGAAAGAGAUCCGCUGCCCAUGGUGUCGUGGCGUCACCAAGCUCCCCCCGGGCCUGUCCGUGUCUCACCUCCCGGAUGACCCAGACAUCAUCACCGUCAUCGCCAUCCCUCACACCUCUGAGCACACGCCUGUCUUUAUUCGCCUCCCCAGCAAUGGCUGCUACAUGCUUCCCAUCGCUAAAGACCGGGCACUGGGCCUGCCUGGGGAGCUGGGAUGUCGCUUCUUGCCCGGCAGCCAGCAGAAGGGGGUGACAGUGGUGACUGUGCCCGAGGAGCAGCCACUGGGUCUGGCUAUGGGUCUAGACGGUGUAGGUUUGGAGGGAAGUGAGGGAGAGAGGAGGGUUACUGGUCCAGUGGGAGGAGCAGGAAAGGGCUCCACAUGGUCUGGAGUGUGCACAGUGAUCCUGGUGGCGUGUGUGCUGCUCUUUCUCCUGGGCAUCGUGCUGCACAACAUGUCCUGCAUCUCCAAACGCUUCACUGUUAUUUCCUGCGGCUGAGGGAGGCCGCUGCGGACCCCCUCAGGAUUCCCUCCCACCAGCCCUGCCUCUCCUCAGGGUGGGACUCUGUUAAGGAGAGGGAACUAAACUCACAUCGAGGGCAUUAAAGGAAACUACAGUGCAGUGUAGAGAGACAGUGAUGAUGAUGAUAAAGAAGAAGAGGGCAGGAAGGAGAGCCACAAACUGGUCUAAUGUUGUGGAGUUUUUUUAAUCCUUGAAAUGGAAAUAUGCAUUUAAAUCUUCACUCUCCUCUCAUUGGACAGCACUCUGCUGGCGUUGAAACACCCACCUUUCUCCAUUCCUUCCAUUUUUCCUGAAAGAACGCUUUGGGAAUCCCUCCAGAUACGUUUCUGGCCCGCCGAUUUGUUUUUGGCUGGAAGCUGUGCUGACACUCACACUCGCUGUGGUUGGAUUGCCCGUUUAGUCUGUGGUUUGUAGAAAUGCAUCAUCAUAAAGUUGUUUAGAUGAAUGCCCGCUCCGAGUGCGAUGUCUCCAGCUGGUGCUGCAGUACAGGGAGUCCGGACUUGGCCGCUCACCGUUCCCUGAUGUUGCAGGAAUUAACUGUGCAGGAUUUUCUUCUGCCUCCUCCAGCCUGAAUAUUCUGAGGAGCUAAAAUCAACUUUCUUUUUUCUUCUUUUUUUUUUUUUUGUCAAAAACACAACCUGUGCAGAACAAACUGUUGCUGUGAUGAUAGUUCCACAUAGUUAGUAAAGGCUGCGUUGUCAAAAAUAUGGAUUGUAAUGUUCAUACAUACCAGCUGAAAUACAAACACAGGUAGUACAGAGUCGUGUUAUUAGGGCUUUAAGAAAUAAACAAUGUUAAAUGAAUUGAUUGUCAUUGGUUCCAGCCUCUCAUAUAUCAGGUUUUUCUGUCUUAUAUAACUGUACGAUAAAUACUCUUGUACUUUGGCCUGUUGUUUGCACACAAAAACAAUCUAAAGCUGUCACUUAGGAUUGCCAAUUAACUCAUAAUUGACAGAGAAUUGGUAUAAGCAAUUUAAUGAAGAAAUUAAGACCUUGAAUUGGUAUUAAUUUAAAUGAAAAUGAUGAGCAUUUGGAAGAAUAAUUUAGCUUCGCUUCAGGCAAUUGGAUGAGAAGUUCAGCAUCACCUUCUUAUCCGUCUUGAAGCUAUAGAGAAGGGAUAUCUUUGCAAGAAAAACACGUUGCACUAGCUUUAGAGCAUCAGAACUUCACUUUGAAGUUAGCUAGGCUAACGCUUUCCUCUUGUGUCCGUGUAACUAGCUAGCAGGUUAGCUUUCAAAAUGAAGCUCUAAAAAAUAAAACAUUUGAACAUCAAGACGUACCAAUAUAGAGCUUACCUGUUAGGGCAUAUUUGUUAACUUUAAAGUUAACUUGAUUUUAAUAGUUAAUGAAUAUUCAAAAUUUUACAUUUUUUUCCUCAAAUUAGCUGAUUGGCUAGCUUUCUACAUCUCUGCCUGUUUAAAAAUAAAUAAAUCACAGCUUGAUAUUUUCUAUUGAUAUUUUUUCUUCUUUUUUUCAUUUGUUCUUCUUCAAAAAAUAAUCAGAAAAUAUUUUUCUGUAAUUCGAGAACUUUGGAUAUAUUAAAAAAGCUAUCACAUUUUUGAACUUUAAAGCAACCAAGGCUAGCUGGUUUCCCCGUUUGAGCUGAGCUCCAGCUGAGAAUGGACAGAUACAGUGAUGCUGAUCCUCUCAUCAAAUUCUCUGCAAGGAAGCCAACAAGCUCAUAAAAAUUUUAGUUUUCAAAAUUGCAGCAUUCUUCUGUUUUAUUAUUUUCAGUUUUUAUGUUUUUGAUGUUUAUUCAUGUGAUUGAAUUUGUUCAUUUGCUUUUUCAUCCUGACCCGCCUCAUACUGACUUCAUUCUCUAAAGCCAGAUCCUCCAGGCCUUCGCCAGCAGCCCACAUGCCAUCUUCCUCCACCUUCUCAUCUUCCCCUUAAUUCUGAAACUGCUUUGUAUAUGGGCUGAACUGUAAAACAAUGAGUUUAUGUAGUAUGUGAGUAACAAGUCAAGAGUGGGAGGCCGCUGUAAGGUUACUGUUAAUGAGGGCUGUAUUGAUUUAUCUGCUUUUGAAUAUUUCACUGCAGAGGUGGAUAUUUCUGGACUCAUUUUAUUCCCACUUUUGUAUGUUGAGGCAAGCAUUUUGUCUGCUUACUGUAAAUCAGUAGAUGUACAGUACACAUAAACAGGGUAAACGCUUUUGUACAGCAGUCUCAUCAUGUACAGAAUGAUUGUAAUUGUCAUUUUUGAUCAUUUCCUUUUUCUUUGACAUAUUUUAGCCUUUUUUGUGUGUUUGAGCUUAAAUAAACAUGAGUUAUUCAGGGCGCGCAGAUUUGUUUCACCACACCAAUGAUAAACAUGAGAAAAAUAAUGUUUAAUAUAAUACUCUAGGUUUAUUUCAGACACCUAAACUAUAAAAUGACUUUUACCCUGAAAAACAAACUAGAAGAAAUAUUAUUUGAUUUAUACUCCAUAUUUAUUGGGUUGGAUUCAUAUCAGCAUGAUUUUAUCGACUGCCGCCAAAGUAAGAAUUCCAAACUGUUCAAAGUAAAUAAAUUUGGAGAUUAAAUCAAACGUGCUUCAGAUAUUUUGCCUUUCAGCUCUGCGACACUCUCCUGAAAAGGCGUUCAGGGUGCAGAGGGGGCAGCUGUUUUGUUCUGCAGAUGCUGGGAUAGAUGGAGUUAAGUUCAGCCGAAAUGGUUUGUGUCGUGCUGGUUGCUACGAAACAGCACUGAAGGUCCUUUUGAAGUUGCUCAAAGUUGAAAUAUUUUCAGCUCCUAGCACUCUGUGUUCUAUAUGCUCUAAAGAACUUUCUAAUUUCUCAACACUUGGGGUUGAAGUGGUGUUUUGGGGAGAUAGCUUUCUCCAAGAUAAAAAAAGUUGGAUUUUAUUUAUGCCUGUUAGUUGAAGAUAAUGGGUUAUUAUUGCUUAAUAAACAUUAAUAAAUUGUUAUUCAUUUCUUAAAAUGUCAUCACUGCCUUUAAAUCAUCGAAAAGAUCCUCUAAUGCAACCCAAAGCAAUUAUUAAUGUUAAAAUUUAAAAACACCCAUAUCUCGAUGCCUAAUGUAGAAUCACAGCAUUUCUACUGGGAACUUGAGUCAAAAUGUCAGUUUAAAGCAUUACAAGUAUGUCAUGCACAGUUUUAUUACCAUAAUGUGGCAUGACUGCUACUUUUAAUCCACAAGAGCAAUGCUGAAGGGGACAAGUGGAGGAUGUGCUCUUAAGGACCAGCUUAACCCAUAUGGGUUUAUUCAGCCAUGCUUCAUAAGGUCAAAUAUAUCUGCUAAAGUUUUUCUUUUGUAUCUAUGUCUCAGAUAUCUGUGGAAUCUUUGGGCUUAAAAGAGACAAAAACAAAAAAAUAUCCAACUCGGCCAACCUGUUGUCAAGUACUACACACUUAGUCCACACUUAGAAUAGUGUUAGUUAGAUAGUAUUUUUGUAGCUGAAAGUUUUUGCCAAACAACUUAUCUUUGGGUGAUGUUCUCACACAGCACAGUCAUCCAUUUAAAUGGCAGGUUUAAUACCAAUAUCCACCCCAAGCCCUACAAGGACUGACCUCUCACAGUGUUCACCUGUCUGAGGAGUCCUUGAAAGCUAAGGUUAUUUUUAAUUUCUUUAGAGCCAAGAACUUAAAGGACCAACUCUCUCACUGGAACAUCUUAUAGGCUUUUGUCUUAAAGAGUGAACAAAGGGAAAACAUGGUUGCUUCUCCCAUACUUGCUGUUUUUCAGUAACCUUAUAGUUAACGUCAUUGCACUUUGAACUGUGGGUAAAUUUAAGCAAGACAUAUGUGCAUUUUUUUCUGGUGCAGUUGGUGUAGGAACAACAACCAGUCUUCACAAGGCAAGCUAACAGAGGACUGUUACCAACUUUUAUGAUGAACUUUACAUCAAAGUGCACAAACUGCCAUGUUGCUCUUUCAGCGAUGUUGUUUGGUUGACACUGUUGAUGCCAGGGAUGUGUGUAAUGCCCCUCAAUAUCCAUGAAUCUGUGAUGUGGACAUUUGCAUUGAGCUGUAAUUAUGAGUUGGAUAGGGUUGAAGAAGGUCAUCAACCCAGCAGCAGGCCCAGUUUUGUGCAUCGGGGCAUUUUUGUUUACUCCAGGAAGUUUACUCAAGCGCACGUAUCUAACUAAACAGUCUGAAACAGACUCUAUGAGGGAGCUGUGCUCAGACCCUAGCACCGUUCACCUCAAUCGUCAUUCAGCUCGUUCACACUGAGCACAUGUGACAAACGUGAAAGAGUCUGGAGAUACCAUGGUAUUCAUCAAUCUGAAUAAAUAUCAAGCAUCGAUGAUGGCAUACUAAGACCUGUAGCAUGGUCCAGAACCAGUAGUAGGCUUAUGAAUAAGAUCCAGCACCAGUCCAUUGAGUGUUUGGUGACAAUUAGCUUUUGAUUUGCUACAAACCUCAUAGCUCUAAAUGUGAUGUCUGUAUGUAAUAGUUUCAGUAUCCAGACUAAGAACAUUAGUUUUAAUCAUAAAUUUUUAGUGAUAAACUGGAAGAAUAUAAAUUUAAAACGCCAAAUAAAACCAAUAUAAACUGUGAAAAUGUGCAUUUGUGGUGUGGCCAAGAUCUAUGUUACGGUUUAGUGAGCAAUGGGCCGCCAUGAACAAGACUUCAAAAGCA